UAGGAAAAAAGAAAAAAAUCUAACACUUUGUUUCUAAGCCAGAAGAAGUUAAAUAAGCCAUGGCAAUCCUGACAUUUUGUGAUAGGAAAAAAAUCUAAAACUUUUUCUUUCUAGAAAACCAGAGCAAAGCAAAGCAAAAACAGUCGCUGGCUGGAAACAACUUGGCCCUCCUAACGAAACGAAGAAUCUCGCAUCGGAAUCUGGAAGCACGCGAUGUCAACCUCGAACCAGCACCAGUUCCGAUACACUCAAACCCCUUCCAAGGUGCUCCACCUUCGCAACCUUCCCUGGGAAUGCUCCGAAGAGGAACUCAGAGAGCUCUGCAAACCCUUCGGUAAGAUCAUCAACACCAAGUGCAAUGUCGGCGCCAAUCGCAACCAGGCUUUUGUCGAAUUCGCGGAUCUAAAUCAAGCCAUUUCGAUGGUUUCAUAUUAUGCUUCAUCUUCAGAACCAGCUAUGGUUCGUGGUAAAACUGUUUACAUUCAGUAUUCUAAUAGACAUGAAAUUGUCAACAACAAAAGCCCUGGAGAUAUUCCUGGAAAUGUCUUGCUGGUAACUAUUGAAGGUGUGGAAGCUGGGGAUGUGAGCAUUGAUGUUAUCCAUUUGGUGUUUUCUGCUUUUGGCUUUGUUCACAAAAUUGCUACAUUCGAAAAGACUGCAGGUUUUCAGGCUCUGAUUCAGUUCACUGAUGCUGAGACUGCUUCUUCAGCUCGGGAUGCACUGGAUGGAAGAAGUAUACCAAGAUACCUGCUUCCAGCCCAUGUUGGUUCUUGUAACUUGCGAAUUUCAUAUUCCGCACAUAAAGAUCUGAAUAUCAAAUUUCAGUCAAAUCGCAGCAGGGACUAUACAAAUCCCAUGCUUCCUGUUAAUUAUACCGCUAUUGAGGGGGCAGUACAGACUGCUGUAGGCCCUGAUGGGAAGAGGAAAGAACCUGAGAGCAAUGUGCUUUUGGCUUCCAUUGAAAAUAUGCAGUAUGCUGUUACUGUUGAUGUCCUCCACACGGUGUUCUCUGCAUUUGGUACUGUCCAGAAAAUUGCUAUAUUUGAAAAGAAUGGUCAAACUCAGGCACUAAUUCAGUACCCUGAUAUCAUAACGGCAUCAGCUGCUAGAGAAGCUCUAGAGGGGCAUUGCAUAUAUGAUGGUGGCUAUUGUAAGCUUCAUCUAUCAUACUCUCGUCAUACUGAUCUCAAUGUAAAGGCUUUCAGUGACAAAAGUAGAGAUUAUACAGUGCCGGAUCCUAGUCUGCUUGCAGCACAAGGUCCACCAACAGCUUGGCAAAAUCCUCAGGCUGCAUCUAUGUACCCUGGUAGUGCCCCUGCUUAUCAUACUCAAGUUCCCGGCGGACAAGUGCCAUCAUGGGAUCCAUCCCUGCAGGCAGUUAGACCGAGUUAUGCAUCGGCACCUGGUACUUUUCCUGUUCAAACUGGUGCAGCUCCUCCAAUGCCGUCCUAUGCGCCAGCAUCAGCUAUGCCUGUUGCUUCCUCACCUCAUGCACAAAGCAGCCCCAUGGCUCAUAAUGCAAAUCCAAUGGGAAUUGCUCAGCUCGGGGUUCCACCCAAUGUAAAUUUACAGUCCAGUGGUGCUUCACUUUCAGCGCCUGGUUCCUCACCUCUCAUGCAAACCAGUCAGGCUGCUCAAGGAUUGCUUCAGCCAAAUGCAAGACCUGGUGGUGCUUCACCUUCAGGUCAACAUUAUUAUGGUUAGAAAGUCGGUUUUACUUUUUACAUUACAUGAAUGAAAGGAAAAUGGUUUUGGAGGAGGAAAGAGUGAUAAUAUUAUUACUAAUUUGUUAUUCGGUUGGAAAUUUUAUCAUCAUCAUCAUUAUUGUUUUUUGAAUGAUGAAAAUUUAAUUUGCAAAGAAAGCUUGGAAAUCGUUUAUAUUA